CGCUAUGGGUGUCACCGGCCUCUGGACCGUUUUGCAGCCCUGCGCGCGGCCAAUCAAGAUCGAAACGCUGAACAAGAAGCGCCUCGCCGUCGAUGCUUCCAUCUGGAUCUACCAGUUCCUCAAGGCCGUGCGCGACAAGGAAGGAAAUGCGCUGAGGAAUAGCCAUAUUGUCGGUUUCUUCCGACGAGUAUGCAAGCUACUAUUUAUCGGUAUCAAGCCUGUUUUCGUCUUCGACGGUGGUGCCCCGGCGCUGAAACGACAAACCAUCAGCCACCGUAAGUCGCGCCGGGAGGGUAGACGUGACGAUGCAGUCAGGACAGCUGGGAAGCUGCUGGCAAUACAGAUGCAGAGGGCUGCUGAGGAAGAAGACAGGAAGAGGAGGGAAGCUGCGAAACAUCCACGGCAAAAGCAGCAAGAAGAGGAGAUACCCGAAAACCUGGUCUAUGCCGAAGAAUUGCUUCAGACGCCCCAGGAACGGACACAGAACCGCACCUUCAAAAAGAAGGACCAAUAUCAUCUGCCAGACCUCGGCAAGUCCAUGUCGGAAAUGGGCGCUGCGAACGACCCCAGAGUCAUGUCGCUGGAGGAAUUGGAAGAAUAUGCACGGCAGUUCGACAGAGGCGAAGAUAUCAAUGUUUACGAUUUCUCCAAAAUUGACUUUGAUGGCCACUUCUUCCAGAGCCUACCUCCUGCCGAUCGUUACAACAUUUUGAAUGCAGCCAGACUGCGUAGUCGGCUCAGAAUGGGUCAUUCCAAGGAACAGCUUGAUGCAAUGUUCCCGGAUCGAAUGGCGUUCUCCAAGUUCCAGAUUGAACGUGUACGCGAACGCAACGAACUCACACAGCGUUUGAUGAACCUCAAUGGCAUGAACGACGAUGCUUUUGGCAGCGGUGGUUUCAAUCGAGUUGCUGGCGAGAGGGACAGGGAGUAUGUCCUUGUGAAAAAUGAUGGGGUCGAGGGUGGUUGGGCGCUUGGAGUGGUCUUGAACAAGGAAAUAGGAAAGGCACACAAGCCUAUUGACGUGGAACUACCACAGGCCCCAGCUGAGGAUGACGAAGAGUGGGAAGAUGAUCAGGAGUUCGAGGAUGUACCGAUUGAAGGCUUGAAUCGACUUCCAAAACCCAAAGGAGGUUUGAGUGUGCAGGAGGAAGAGGGACGUGAAUUUAUUGCAAAUGAGUUGGCAACGCGUCGUCGACAGCUUUACAAGUCAAGAAGGGAGAAGCCAGCGCAAGCCGCCCUCAAGAAGGCAAUACCUACAAAUCAGGAUCCCGACUCGUUGUUUCUUGCAGACGAGAACGAAGAUGAAGAGUGGGCAGACGUGCCUAUCGAUGGCGAAGAUGAUAUGGCUGAGGAUGCGGGUGAUGAUCUGGAAAAUGAACAACUACAGCAAGCGAUUGCACUAUCCCUACAGCCAGGAGAACGACAGCAUCAAGAAAGCGCUGAAGAGUCUGAAGAAGACCCUGUUCGUGAAGUUUUCCAACAGAAGCGUGUCGAAGAGACCAAUCCGUUUGCCGGAACCAAGGGCUCUGGCCUUGCCAUUGGACGGCUUGCCAACCAACGCAGUAGCAAGCUGGCUGCAAAAGGCCCUUUUGAGGGCAGUGAUAGCGAAGAUGAUAUGGACCUACAAGCCGCACUGACCGAGUCUCGCAAGUCAAAACGCCCCGCUAAGGUGCAGAAGCCAUCACCCAGACUUCACGUUCAAGCCCCAGCAUCGACUACUGAAUCUGCAUCUGGAAAGAUCAGCACCUCAGGAUUUGAUGGACCUCUUCCAUUUGAAAGGCUCAAUCUGGGUAACUCUCUGCUUGGUAAGAAGAAGAUGGAAAAGUUAGAGGCAGACAAUGCAGGCGGAUUUGAGAAAGAGUACACGGAGGACAAGAAGAGUGCAGCACCACUUCCACCUUGGUUCAAUGCAUCACGAGACAUAGCAUCGGAAGUCAACGCCCAGCGGCAUGAAGAGAAGUUACAAUGGGAAGAAGCCCGCCAAGAAGAAAAGAGCAGGUUUCAGUUCCAGGAGCUCCCAAGCUUGCGCAAGCCAGACGCAAAGGAGAUUAUUGAUGUGGACGCUCCUGUUAGUCAGGGCCAGAAGCAAGUGAUAUCGAUCGACUCAGAUGGCGAGGAUGAUGCUCAGAUGGAAGAUGUACUACCCAAAAACACCACAUUGAAGAUGGAUGAUCUGGCCGACAAGAUCAGAGCAGAGCCUCCAAAGCCGCUUUAUCCACAACAACCGUCACCGCCUCCUCAGGAUCCUACGCUAGUCAAGAAGGGCCCAUUUGCUGAUGGUUCUGAUGACGGGCCAAUAGAUUGGUCGGAAAGUGAGCCUGAAGACGAACGGCGUUCGCAGCACAAAGUUACAAAUGAUGGAGAAACAAAGCCACCUUCACGGCAGGCUUCUAGAUCACCAUCCGAGGAGUUUGAAGAUGUACCAAUGCAGACAGAGCCGGAUCCUGUUCAUGAAUCUGCCAAGUCACCAUCACCAGAGUUUGAAGAUGUGCCUUUGCAUGGCGAAACCAUAGCAGCACCCGAGCAUCCCCAGUCCCCGUCGCCCGAAUUUGAGAACGUUCCAAUUCGACAGGAGAAGUCACGUCAACUUCCCAGAGAGUUUUCACCCUUGGAAGGGCCCGAAGAUCUUACCAAACCAAUUGUUCCAUACAGUGGUGUUGCUGAUGAUAAUGUUCCCAUCGAUAUCGCUGAAAGGAAUCAUUCCGACCAGUACUCUGACCCAGAAGACGAAGAGCUCUUCGCAUCUCUCGCCAAAGAAGCAGAAGAACACGCGCGCUUCGCCAAAGAACUCACCAACAACACUGCUUCACGUGUGGACUUUGACGAAGAACUCAAACAACUGCGUGCUCAGCAAAAGAAGGACCGCCGAGACGCCGAUGAAGUUACGCAGACCAUGAUUUCAGAGUGCCAGCAACUGCUCACCUUGUUCGGCCUUCCAUACAUCACAGCCCCUAUGGAAGCAGAGGCGCAAUGCGCCGAGCUAGUCCGUCUGGGCCUUGUCGACGGCAUCGUAACCGACGACUCGGAUACCUUUCUCUUUGGCGGCACACGCGUCUACAAGAACAUGUUCAACGCCGCAAAAUACGUCGAAUGCUACCUGUCCCAAGAUCUCACCUCGGAAUUCAGUCUCACGCGCGAAAAACUAAUCGACAUUGCGCAGCUCCUCGGCUCAGACUACACGCCUGGUAUCCCUGGCAUCGGGCCCGUUACCGCUCUCGAAAUCCUCUCCGAGUUCAAGGAUCUCGACACCUUCAGGACGUGGUGGGAUGGCGUGCAGAACGGAUCCAUCAAGAAAGAAGACGACGCAAAGCACCCGUUUCGAAAGCGGUUUCGCAAGAACCAGAGCACAAAGCUGUUUCUCCCGUCGUCCUUUCCGGACACCAGAGUCGCAGAAGCGUAUCUCCAUCCCGAGGUCGAUAGCGAUCCGGAGCCCUUCCAGUGGGGGGUCCCCGACCUCGCUGCUCUCCGCUCCUAUCUGAGUUCGCAGAUUGGAUGGAGCACGGAGCGCACGGAUGAGGUGCUUGUCCCCGUCAUCCGCGACAUGAAUCGCAGGGAGAAGGAGGGCACACAGGCCAAUAUCACCAGGUUCUUCGAAGGCACGGUAGGCGCGGGCGCGUUUGCUCCCAGAGUGAGGAAUGGAGAGCCGAGUGGGCCGAGUGGAAAGAAAAAGGGCAAGGCUGCGACGGGAAAGAGACUCGGUGCUGCUUUGAGUCGGCUGGCGGAGAGAGAGGGUGCUACGGGGAGGACGGAGGAGAAUAGCGAAGAUGGAGCCGAUGUUGCCUCCGCGUCAGCGAGCAGCAAGAAGAAGAGAAAAGCUGCUACGAGUAAGCCUGUGUCGUUGGCUGAAAAGGAAGAUCGGGUUAUCGGUGAGGAUGCUGGAGAAGAAGAAUUUGUCGACAACGACAACGACGAAGAAGAUGAAGACGAGUUGUACGAGGAGCCCACGAAGAAGAAACCCAGGAGAACGCGCAAAGCAAAGACAGGCUAG